AUGCUACUAUUAGAAAAUUCAAAAAGCUCAAAUUAUUUUACUACAAAUUAUAAAUGUACAGAAAAUAGCAAAACAGAAAAUUUGAUUGCAAGAGAUUUAAUUUCACAUCCUCAUAAUGAUCCUAAUAAAUUUGGAUCUUUAUCCAAAAAAAUAUUUAUCAACGAGGACAAGUUUGAUCAUGAUGAAGGUGAUCAAAUUGAAAAAGAUAGAGAAGAAUUUAAACCAUUUCAUAAAAAAUUAACAACUAAACAAUAUGCAGAUAUAAUAAAAAACUUUUUAAAACAAAAUCAACUAAAAGAAGCCUUAAAUGUCCUAGAAAUACGUAUGUUAAAAGAAGAUCGCGUUAAACCAGAAAGUUAUAUUUAUAGUUUAUUAAUUGGAGCUUGUGGUCGAGCUGGCUAUACAAAAAAAGCUUUUGAAUUAUUUAAUAAUAUGAAAAAACGUGGAUUAAAAGUACAUCCAGGCGCGUAUACAGGGUUAUUCAAUGCAUGUGCUAAUAGUCCAUGGAAAGAAGACGGUUUAAGUCGUGCAAUAAAACUUCAACAAUUAAUUAUCGAUCAAAAUUAUUACCCAAAUGAUUCCAAUUACAAUGCAAUGAUUAAGGCAUUUGGACGUUUGGGUGACUUACCGCGUGCUUUUAGUAUUGUAGAUGAAAUGAUCACCAGAAAUUUUAAAAUCAAAAGUGAUACGAUGAAUUUUUUAUUACAAGCAUGCGUUAGUAGCGAAACUGAUGGAUUUCGAUAUGCAUUAGUUGUUUGGCGUAAAAUGUUACAGAAAAAUAUCCAACCAAAUAUUUAUAGCUUUAAUUUAAUGUUAAGAUCGGUACGAGAUUGUGGUCUAGGAAAUCAAGAUGAAGCGAAUAAAAUAAUAUUAAACAUGAUUGAAAAUUCAGAAACGAUAAAACUUGAAGAUUCGAAUAAAUUUUUAUUAAGUGAUACUCAAAGUAUUACCCUUUCAUCAAAUAGAAAGUUGCAAAGCGAUCCAAAUUUAGAAAACGUUAAAAUUAAUGAACCUUUACAGAGAAUUUUCAAUCCAGGAAUUCAGUCAGACAAACAAGUAAUUGUUGAAGAAUUGAUGGAAAAUCAAAAUUUUGAUAAGUCCGAUCAACUACUAGAAUCAAAUAAUUCUUCCCAAAUUAAUCAAGAUUUAUUAGAUAAUUCAGAAAAUGAAAAAAUUGAUGGGUCUUUGGAUAAAAUUUUAAACAAACAAGAAAUUGUUGAAAACUUAUUGGAAAAUCAAAAUUUAGAUAAAUCGGAUCAACUAAUAGAUAAUAAUUAUAAAUCUUUGGAAUCAAAUAAAUCUUCCCAAACAUGCAUAACAGAUAUAAAAGAAAAUCGACCGAAUUUAUUAGCGAAACAACCAAGUUUAGGAAAUAUUAUCGCUUUAAAUGAAGUAAAAAAGCCAGAAGAUCGUUUACUAUUAUUGGGUGGCGCAAAUGGAUUUCUUAUGGAAAUGCAAACGUAUGGAAUACAACCGGAUAUUAGAACGUUUACACAAUUAUUAAAUUGUAUUCCACCAACAAAAUCAGCGGAAAAACAAUUAAUGGCAACCAUGAAGAUAAUGAAAAUUAAACCGGAUGUGGAUUUUUAUAAUAUGUUAAUUAAAAAACGUAGCAUGAGAUUUGAUCAUGAAGGAGGAAAGGACGUUCUGCAAAUGAUUGAUGAAGCGGGCUACAGACCGAAUUUAAUUACAUAUGGAGUUUUAGCAAUUGGAUGUAAAAAUCGUGAUGAAGCCAAACGUUUAUUAUCCCUGAUGGAAGUCGAAGAAUAUCGAAUAAAUAGUGAAAUUCUUGGUGCAAUGUUACAACAAGCAUGUUAUAGAAACGAUUUUGGUUACGUGAUGUAUAUAAUGGAAUUAUGUUUGAAGAAAGAAAUUCAACCAAAUAAAAAAUUUAUGGAACAUUUAUUAGAAUUUCGAAGGAAAUGUUUAAAGAUGUUAAGGGAAAAAACGCAUCACGUAGAUUUAUCUCAAGAAGGUUAUUUUCAAAGUGGUUUUAAGCUUUUUAAUGCCCGCUAUCAAACAUGGAAAACACAAGUGAAAAUUGAUGAAGUUGAAGAAGCGCAUCCAUGGGAACAAUUUCGUACAACUUUAAAUACAACAAAUAGUAAAGAUUUUAAGGAUCCAAAUGCACAUUUCAAACCUAGACGUUUAUCACGAUUUAAAGUAAAAACAUCAACAAAGGUCAUUGGUUAA